UGAGAUAGAAGAUGCCCCAGCAGGUUUAACCAACUCAACAACACCUGAAACCAGGUGGUCUCAGUCCCUGUCCUUCAGCCUUAUCGACAUGAGCAACUGGGGGGAAACAUCCAACAUAAGUUACCAGCAAUGGAGGGAUCCUGAAAUCAGUGUGGUGACGUUUCGAGGCACAGCGGGAGACAGUCUGCGUCACGAUGAGGAGGAGCAGUGUGGAGACUAUGAGGUGUACACCACGGGGAUGCAGACUGUGGACCUCGGGGAGCGCAGGACAGGACAGGACCCCACUGAAGACACCUUUACAGUGGAGGAUGCAGUGGAGGCCAUUGGCUUUGGAAAGUUUCAGUGGAAGCUUUCUAUCCUUACUGGACUGUCAUGGAUGGCGGACGCCAUGGAGAUGAUGAUCCUGAGCGUCAUAUCCCCUCAGUUGCACUGUGAGUGGAUGCUGCCCAGCUGGAAGGUGGCUAUGCUAACAUCGGUGGUGUUCAUUGGGAUGAUGUUCAGCUCGACUCUAUGGGGAAAUAUAUCUGACAAGUACGGCAGAAAAGUAGGCCUGACGAUGUGCAUGAUGUGGGUCCUAUACUACGGCUUCCUCAGUGCCUUUUCCCCGGCGUAUGGCUGGGUCAUGGUGCUGCGCGGCCUGGUGGGCUUUGGCAUUGGAGGAGCCCCACAGUCGGUGACGUUGUACUCCGAGUUCCUCCCAAGGAAGUCAAGGGCCACCUGCAUUAUGCUGAUUCAGAUAUUCUGGGCCCUAGGCGCUGUGUUUGAGGUCCUCCUGGCCAUCUGGAUCAUGCCUACCAUGGGCUGGCGGUGGCUGCUUGGCCUGUCUACUGCACCCCUGGUGGUCUUUGUUAUCUUCUGUUUUUGGCUGCCUGAGAGUCCCCGCUUUGAUGUGCUUUCGGGAAACAGGGAAAAUGCUAUGAAAACGUUAAGACUCAUCGCUGCUGACAAUGGGAAGACCAUGCCUCUUGGGAAGCUUAUUGCCAAUAAACAGCAGGAGGAGCGUGGUAGGAUCCGAGAUCUCUUAACUCCUCAAUAUCGCAGAACCACCCUUCUCCUGUGGUUUAUAUGGUUUGCCAAUGCCUUCUCCUACUAUGGCCUGGUCCUCCUGACCACUGAGCUAUUCCAGGCAGGAGAUGCAUGUGGUGUCAUCACCCAAGGUGCAAAGACUGAGCCAAAGUGCAACCUGGAAUGCAAAUACUUGACGUUAGAUGACUACAAAGACCUACUCUGGACCACCUUAGCUGAAUUUCCAGGUCUUUUUGUGACAUUGUUUUUGAUCGAUCGGAUUGGCAGGAAGAAAAGCAUGGCAAUGUGUUUCCUGAUGUUCUCUGUGUGCAUUCUGCCCCUGUACGCUUGUGUUGGAAGGGUAGCUCUGACAGUCUUCAUCUUCAUCGCCAGAGCAUUCAUCACUGGGGGGUUCCAAGUUGCUUAUGUCUACACGCCUGAGGUAUAUCCCACAGCCACCAGAGCUCUGGGCAUUGGGACCUGCAGUGGGAUGGCCAGGGUGGGUGCCCUUCUAACUCCCUUUGUGUCACAGGUGCUGCUCAAGAAGUCUGUGUACCUCACACUGUCUGUGUACUGCAUCUUUUGCCUGCUGGCCACAGGAGCGUCCAUGCUGUUGCCCAUUGAGACCACAGGCCUGGGCCUGCAGGAGUCUAGUCGAAUCACAGCCGGUCAGGAGGAGAUGAAAACAGGCCAGAUGUCAAAUGGCUCUGAGGCUUCACCAACGCACACCAGCUAUGGAUCAUCCUAUAACAGCUGAUGAGGACAAUAGGGAGUAAGCCGUUGAGAGAAAUAAAGGGCACUUAUUCC